CCGCCCCGCGCCAUGAAGCCCAACUUCUCGCUGCGACUGAGGGUCUUCAGCCUCAACUGCUGGGCCAUUCCCUACCUGAGCAAGCACCGGUCAGACCGCGUGAAGCGCCUGGGGGACUUUCUCAACAUGGAGAGUUUCGAUCUAGUGCUGCUGCAGGAGGUGUGGAGCGAGCAGGAUUUUCAGUUCCUGAGACAGAAGCUGCUGCCCACCUACCCGGCUGCACACUACUUCAGGAGUGGCGUCAUUGGCAGCGGCCUCUGUGUCUUCUCCAAACACCCGAUCCAGGAAUUCACCCAGCACGCGUACACCCUCAAUGGCUACCCUUACAUGGUGCACCACAGCGACUGGUUCUGCGGGAAGGCAGUGGGUCUGCUGGUGCUCCACCUGAGUGGGCUGGUGCUCAACGCCUACGUGACCCAUCUCCAUGCAGAGUAUAAUCGACAGAAGGACAUCUACUUAGCACAUCGCGUGGCCCAAGCUUGGGAACUGGCCCAGUUCAUCCAUCACACAUCCAAGAAGGCUGACGUGGUUCUGUUGUGUGGGGACCUCAACUUGCACCCCAAGGACGUGGGUUGCCGCUUGCUGAAAGAGUGGACGGGUCUGCAGGAUGCCUACCUAGAGACUCGGGACUUCAAGGGCUCUGAAGAAGGGUGUACUAUGAUUCCAGAAAACUGCUAUGUCAAGCAGCAUGAGUUGGAGCCAUUCCCCUCAGGCAUUCGCAUUGACUAUGUGCUUUUCAAGGCAAUUUCUGGGUUCUACAUCUCCUGCAAAACUUUGAAAACCACCAUAGGCAAGGACCUUCACAACGGCAAGCCCCUCUCUGACCAUGAAGCCCUGAUGGCUACUCUGUGUGUGAGACACAGCCCCCCACAAAACAACCCCAGCCCUGCCCCCGGAUCUCUGGAACAGCCAUUAUUGAUCAAUGUGAUGAGGGAGGCCUGGACCGAGUUAGACUUGGGCAUGAUGCAAGCUCGAUGGUGGGCUACCUUCGCUGGCUACGUGAUUGGAUUAGGGCUGCUGCUCCUGGCACUGCUCUGUGCCCUGGUGGCAGGAGGGGGUGUCAGGGAAGUUGCCAUAUUGCUCUGGACCCCCAGUGUUGGGCUGGUGAUGGUGGCUGGUGCAGUCUAUCUCUUCCACAUGCAAGAAACCAAGAACUUGUCUCGAGUCCGGGCAGAGCUCCAGUAUUUUCUGGGAAGGGCAAGGGAAACCCAGGAACUUAGCCACACAUCUCAGCCAACUCAGUUCCUGGGGCAGCAGGAGGGAGACGGAGCCGAGGAGCAAUAAAGUUGAACACCAGG